AUGCGCAAAGCCAACUGUUUGUUGAUCGGAUGUGGUGGAAUAGGAACCAUUGCUGCCCUGAAUCUGGAACGAGGAGGACUCGCUGCGGUGACGGCGGUGCUUAGAUCCAACUACAGCCAUGUAGUGCAGCAUGGCUUCACCAUUGAGUCUGUCGAUCAUGGUAACAUCAAAGGCUUUAGGCCAAGUAAUGUCCGAGACACGAUCCCCAAUGUUCGCGAUGAGGUUCUACCACCUUUUGACUAUAUCAUCUGCACCACGAAGAACAUUCCUGAUGUCCCGCCAACAUUAGCAGAACUUAUAAGUCCGGCUGUUACACCAGGGAUUUCAAGCAUUGUCCUGAUCCAGAACGGCCUCAAUAUUGAGAAACCUCUGAUCAAAGCCUUUCCCAACAACAUCGUCAUUUCCGGUACGAGCUUCAACGAGUCCCGUCAGACCGGCCAGGGCAUUAUCGCGCAAACAGACACUGAUCGUGUCUCGUUUGGUGCCUUCGAAAAUUCGAACAUCUCGAUACCGCGACAGCAAGAAUCCGCCAAGGCCUUUUGCGCAAUAUACGGUGUCAAUGGAAAGUGUGAUGCCAGCUACGACCCCAACGUAGGCUGGAUACGAUGGCGAAAGCUGUUGUACAAUGCAUGCCUCAAUCCUAUCUGCGCCAUAUCUGGUCUCGACACUGGCCUCGUUCAACUCUCUGAAGAGACAGUCGCGAACCUUGUUGUGCCAGCUAUGCAGGAGAUUCGUGCUGUAGCCAAGGCUUGUGGGCACGAUCUCCCUGAAGAAUUGAUAGCGAAGAUGAUAUCGCUGGAUCGGAUUGCCACGCACAACGCACCAAGUAUGCUACUCGACGUCCGCGCGAACCGAUUUCUGGAAUUCGAGAACCUUGUUGGGGAGCCGAUGCGCGCGGGACUUGCACACGGCGUGCCAAUACCAACACUUGGCGUCUUGUAUCAUAUUCUAGCCGCGAUGCAAUGGAAGUUGAAGGUCACGAAAGGAAUGGUGCAGAUCAGUCCUGUAUAUGACUCAGACUCAGAAGGCAAGUCAGACUCAAUGCUUUGA